AUGUUGACUAACAGUAAAAUGCAGCGGAAAAUAGGGAAGGGCCCUCGAAAACAGCGGCCGCGCCAACUCCCACAAUUCUCGAGUUCUUUCAAAGCACAGGUAACAUUUUCUUCGUCUGUAGCCGAACACCAGCAGUGCGUGUCCACACCAGUGGAGAAGGAGAAGGUGUGCAUGGGUAAUGGUUUUUUCUGUCGCAUCUUUGACGAAGCUUACGCUGGUGUGGAAAUUAACAAACGUCGGCCUCAGGAACGUCUCCCGUCUAUUGUGCGGAACGUGACCCGUCAGUGCUGGAGUAAUGGCUCACCCGAGAAGGCAACGUUCGCGAGACCCUCCCACAGUGAGACUCUGCAGCCUUCUCCAUAUGCAAAUCUAAAUCUGCGACCACCACCUCUGCACCAAACCAACAGCGUAGGAAUUUACCCGAGUCUCGCGAGCGAGCCUCCAGUCCCGAAUGAGACCCAUGCGCCUUGUGGUACCGAUUAUCAACGGAACGUGCGGCGUGGAAGCAGGAUUGUACGUGGUACUUUGUGCAAGAAUCACACCGCUUGUGUCGUGCGGGUAUUUGUAGUUGAUGGUGUCCUGUUACAUCGACUCUCUAAGCUCUCUGAUACCCUUAAUGGGACAGUGGUGGUAACUAAUCCUAAUUCACGCACAGACAGUGCGGCAGUUUCACCCACGCCUCAACGUGACCGUUGCAGUGGUGGCUGCGACCCCGGGAGCCCACUCCGCAAUAGUGGCGGUUUGCAAGAGGGAGAAGAACUGGCCUUUGGAAACUUGCCAGCUGAUUUUCCUCAGUUACUGGAACUCCAACUAAAGGAAAUCCUCCUUUCACCGGAAUCUACUACUCAUUGCAGCAGAGAGGGGAUUACACUAGCUUCUGCAGAGGCGAAUGGAACUGGCAUGAACUCUGUGGACACUUUAGUGAAGACCAAUAAGAGGAUUGGCGAAAUUGGGGGCGCGGAGUUCUUUGUAAGUCCCCAGGCAACUUCACGUCGGGUUGGCUUAGCGGUAACAAGAGAAAUGGCACAUGACGUGGUGGCCUCGCCACUUUCUGCGCUUUCGAUGAGAGUGUCAGACACUGCUAGUAAUAACAGUUGCGCGAACGUGCGAAACCAAAUGAGUGUGGGAGGUGGGAAGGAAUCAGUGAUAAGUGGCGCGAGGGGAUACAGCCCGGGGGGCAGUUUUUCCAGCCAACCGGGUCCGACCGUCCAAUACCAAGCGGGCGUAACCACGUCAGUCGACGGCGACAUUGGGGACUUUACUUUUUCCACUACAAUUCCCAACGAGAAAAGCGGACCCAAGGAAAGUGAUGGAUUGGACAGUAACAUACUGAGCGGUCAGAUGCCCAUUCUGGGUCUCUCGGUUUUUUCUCUUGGUGAAAUCAAAACUUCGGUGACCAAAGAAGAUGCAUGCCCACAAGGACCAACGGUGAAGGCCGAACCUGUUACUCGUUUUGGGAACAAGGCAUCCAAGGCUUUCAGCACAUCCUUAAAACAGAAAAGUUCAGUCAACAGGGCUCCGACGACAAACAUUAACCCAAGUUCUGAUACGACUUGCAAAUCUGGUAUCUCGCUCCAAGCCGUGAAAAAGGGUGCCACCGGAGUUCGCAGACCAUCCAACGAUUCGGUACCGCGUACAAAGGAUAGGAGUAAAAGUACAAGUUACCCCAGUUCUCUCGACUACGGCAAAGGGGCCGUUGUGGACCGACUGCAUACUGGCACCACGGCUUCCACUUUCAAAAUUGGUACAACUGGUCCUGCGCACGACACCACAACGCCAAGUGCCACAAGGGGUGACCUACCCGGUGCACCUGUGCCACAAGAAGGAAAAACGGUUCCCCAAUUUGCCAUUGCGUUAUCCUUGCCACUCGUUCCGCAAGGAAAUGUGUAUGAUGUUUUUCUUAACUGGUCGAUCACCAACCAACCAUCUAACGUGCUCCGUGAGGUGGUUAUUCGAAACAUUAUCCGUAGUGUUUUAAGACAACUUGCGACUCUUCACGCCAUGGGCAGAGCGCAUGGAAGUGUGAAGGCAACAAACAUCUUUCUCACUUCUCACGUCGUGGAAGCUGUCGCGGCGGCAAAUGAAGAUGGUGUUGCCCCGCUAACUCCAAAGGGAUGCACCCUCACCUCCUCAAUAACCGCCGAACUGGGAAACAGUGGCACGAGGCGUUAUAGUAGUGUUACCGUCAGACACACACAUUCCAGAAGCAGCAGUGGAAGGAGCUCAGCCGUAAUAUUUGACGAGGCUGCAACCUCUGCUAGGGCGUCUGCAGAAGUCAUUUCGAAUUCAGAGGAUAACGACGCUAUGCUAGAGCUUUCUAACCAUGUCAUUCUUUCCGACGGAUACUACGGAAGGGUUGAGCAAGCUCUGUUUAGCACUUUCGCAAAAUGUUGCAACAGCGUAGACCGUGAAGAAACGGUCAGUGGACCGCGCGGUUAUUGCGAGCAAUUGCGUGGAAGUUCCUGCUACUCAAGCGCAUACCCUCUACCACUGAAAGCAGUCGAGGGUUUCAGAAACUCGCCAACGAUGGAUGCGCUCCACUUAUUUACUGUUAAGGAACAAGAGUAUUUGCCCCCACCAGAGUGCAUUACAGAGGAGAAUACAAUCAACUCUACCGGUAACAGUGGAAGCAUCGAUUCCUCUUCACAUAACGACCCGAUCCCAACUUCAAAGCUUCGUCCCUCCCAUGGAGACGGGAGUAAUACAAGCAAAAAAGCUGCAUUCAACACCACUGGUCCAAGGAUUCGAGCAACACAUAACACACACAACCCCAGAUGCCCUCUCACACCCGCGCACGACAUUUGGAUGCUUGGCUUACUUGCCAUUCACCUUGCUGACGGUGCGUGUCCAUGGUGGAUGCGGCUUCAUCACAGACCUCUCCCACGGUUACGGAGGGGGAGGUGGUCGCUAAGUUUCGCCUCCUUUGUGCAGCGCUGCGUAUGCGCGGCAGAGACGGGGCGACCAAGUGCUAAAGAGCUGUUACUGGACAAAUGGUUCGACUGCGCAUUACUUGAUAAAAGCGGAGAGGAAGGAAGGCAAACACCGACGGCGGCAGCGUCACAAAAACCGCAGCAGACCGGCAGUGGUGCCGCCGACAUCUCUCUGAAACGUCCCUGUCAUCGUGCUUUUGUCGACAUUAUGCUGGAGUAUCAUGAAUUAGCGGAGGAGUGGUAUUCUCGCUGUCAGCACUCGAACACCGUUAACUCUUUGUCGGGAUGCGGUGACUCCAUCCCUUCUCUUAAUAAUAACAGGAAGGAAAUUUGUAGCUUGAGCAUGAUGGGGGAAAAACAAGCACAGGAAAGGGUGGGGAAACAAACUUCUGAACGGCAUGAAGUGGCGUCACCCACAAGAAUCAGCAGUAGGGGCAGCAGCCGCGGGAGUGGUGGCAGCAAUGGCAGAAGGAAACGUAAGAGUGGAGGCCGCGGUAGGGUUGGGCUGCCAAAAACCCAUCCAGUCCCGAUGGCGUCUGGAGAAGAGGAUGAAAGGAACACGGACGAUUAUUACGACACACAAACAACGGCAACUACGGGUGUGGAUGAGUCCCACACUACAAAAGACGGGAGUGACAGCAGUGAGACUGAAGGGGGUUCGUUUCACUCGCCUCAACCCUUUUUUAUUGGCGCAUUAAGUUUGGCAUUAGAGGCAUGCGGCUAUGUGGAGCCUUUAGAAGCAGAAACCCCCAAAAAAGGAACACUUGGUGGCAGAACUUGCCCGAGCUCUUGCCGUCAGAUUUCACCACCGUAUGAAACAGGGUCCACAGGAAAUGGCGAUUGUAUAUCCCACUCCAGACAGCACGAACUGCUCAGUGAGCUCAUGCAGGCCUUCUGGAACUUAAAUAGGGAGUGCCGGUUGGCUACGGAUGUGUGGUGUGUCACACUAAUGAAACACAUGCGACAAGACAACAGGAUGGUGGAGUGCGUAAUGCCGUUCGUUACAAAUGAGACAUUACCAUUCUUCACCGAUGCAGGGGGUACGGGCGCUAAACAACCAGGUAGUCGGGAUUGUUUUGUGGGAGCCGCCAAUCAAGAAGUUUGUGGAGGCGCAGCCGCAAAUGAGGCGAGUGCAAAUUCAUUCAACAUAAAGGGGUCACACGUUUCCUUUUCCUCACCGCAGCAGCAACCACAGCAAAAGCAACACCCAGAUGUGAGCCCUACAGCCUUUCACAACUAUAUGCUGGGGAAAUGGUGUAUCACCACUUCGUGGGUGCUGCAGCAGCAACAGCAGCAGCAACAACAACAACUGACAAAGCGACUAAGUGGGGGAGAUGAAAAGAAGUAA